ACGUCAUUGCAGGAAGAGGAAGUGGAGAAAGUUUAGCAAAACUUCUAUAUUCGAUUUCGACGUGAAAAAAGUUGGGUCUGAACUUUUAUUUGAUUUUAGUUUGAGCAAACUAUGGGGACAUCAGCGAGCAAAUUACCAAAAGACUUACUGUCAGAAUAUCAGGAGCUGACAUUUUUAACAAAGCAAGAAAUUCUGCUUGCCCACAGGAAAUUCACCGAGCUCCUUUCCAGAGAAGAGAGGCAGUUUCCAAGUUCCAGGGUAUCCAUGGAAAAGAUCCUUUCUCUACCAGAACUAAAGUGUAAUCCAUUCCGGCAGAGGAUCUGUCUUGUGUUCUCUACCUCAGAAAAUAAAGAUGGCAGCCUGUCAUUUGAGGACUUCCUAGACCUCCUGAGUGCCUUCAGCGACUCAGCUACCCCCGAGAUCAAAUCACACUAUGCCUUCCGGAUUUUUGACUUCGACGAUGAUGGGACUCUGGAUCGGGCUGACCUAGAGAAGCUGGUGAACUGCCUGACUGGAGACACAGAUGAGACUCGUCUGAGCGCAGAGGAGAUGAGACAGCUUAUUUCCAAUAUCCUCGAGGAGUCCGAUAUUGACAAAGAUGGAACUGUGAAUCUCUCAGAAUUCCAGCAUGUCAUCUCAAGAUCGCCUGAUUUUGUUGGCUCAUUUAGGAUUAUCCUGUGAGCUGGCUGCCCUGUGAAAGAGUCGGAGCCACUGCAAGCAAGCCGUCUCAUGGUCCUCUUCCUGACAGGCAGGAUGCCAGCAUUUCAAACUGCAAAUUUUAACUUUUUAUACAAUGGAGCUCCAUCUUGUGCCUUAAAUUAUAAUACAUUGUUUUAAUAUUUUUUAGAACCUUAACAUUUUGUAGAUGAAUGUAGUUCUACUGUGAAAAUGCUGUUAUCUAUUUUAUAUAUGAUCUUAAUACUCUCUCGUGCAAUAAAACAUUUUCUUCUUA